ACUUUGGAGGUAACUGACAAAACCGUACAACAUUACGAAUCUUGUUCCUUACGCAACGUAUAAAGUUAAUGUAACCGCUGGCAAUUCUGAAGGCUUUGGUAGAUCAACUACAGCUACUUUUAGAACUGCUGAAGAUGUUCCCGAAGGUCCACCUUUAAAUGUUCAAAUUGUCGCCUUAAGCAGUUCAUCGUUAUCAGUUACGUGGGAGCCACCAGACAAGAACAAAACAAAUGGAAAGAUAGUCAAUUACACUGUUUGUAUUACACAUUUGGAGAAUGAAACCUGUUCAAUGAAGUAUAUGAUCGAGGAACAGCGUUUGGACAUAAAUAAUGUGAAACCAGGGACAAAAUAUUAUGUUCGUGUUUUAGCUUCUACAAUAGUGGGAUCUGGAUGUUACAGCAAUGUUACAUGGGUAUUUACAAAUGGAUUGGCACCUGAACUGUCCACCAAGCAGAUUGGAAAUACGUUGACUUAUUUGUUGCAAAAUCCAAAUUUGGAAUAUCGGGUGAUUAUUAUUCCACUGACUGGAGUCCAGUGGCAGCAACUGCCCAAAAGCACAAGUCUUCAGACGGUAGAAACACUGGAGCUAUUGCUGGUGCAGUUGUAGUUGCAAUUUUGCUCACUAUUCUUGUCAUAUUGGUCAUUUUUGUUGUUAGGAUCAAUUCAAACUCUGCUACCAUGCAGUGAACUGCGUAUUGUAGUCAUUCGACGACUACUAAAAUUUCUCAAAAAUGGGGGAAGUUGAAUUUUUUUCGCGAAAUUAUUAGACGUUUUCUGAUAUUUAACGUACUAUAAAAGAAUAUAAUUAAACAUAAAAUUUUAUUUCCUUUUUAACUAUAAGA